UAGAGGCAUCCAGAAUCUCUCCUAAAAACUUGAAACCCAAACUCCCUCCAGGAUGUACCUCAGUGCUGCAAAUCACCGCAUACCCCUAAGUGAUGGAAACAGCAUUCCUAUCAUCGGUCUUGGGACCUACUCAAAACCUAAACUGGAGCCCAAAGGGACCUGUGCAAAGUCAGUGAAGAUUGCCAUUGACACAGGAUACCCCAUUGAUGGGGCCUACAUCUACCAAAAUGAGCAUGAAGUGGGGGAGGCCAUCAGGGAGAAGAUAGCCAAAGGAAAGGUUCGGAGGGAGGAUAUUUUUCUACUGUGGAAAGGUAAGAAUCUUCCCUUCAAUCUCCAAUUCCUUAUAUUAAUAGUGGAUCUGGUGUCACUAUUCUCCAAAAGAACUCCAAAAGAGGGUGAGCCUGGAGAUGAAAUCUACCCUAAAGAUGAGAAUGGCAAAUGGUUAUAUCACAAGUCAAAUCUGUGUGCCACUUGGGAGGCUUUGGAAGCUUGCAAAGAUGCUGGCUUGGUGAAAUCCCUUGGAGUUUCCAAUUUUAACCGCAGGCAGCUGGAGCUCAUCUUGAACAAACCAGGACUCAAACAUAAGCCAGUCAGCAACCAGGUUGAGUGCCAUCCGUAUUUCACCCAGCCAAAACUCUUGAAAUUUUGCCAACAGCAUGACAUCAUCAUUAUUGCAUACAGCCCUUUGGGGACUUCUAGGAAUCCAACCUGGGUGAACAUAUCUUCCCCACCUUUGCUAAAGGAUGAACUUCUUAACGCACUGGGAAAAAAGUACAAGAAGACAGCAGCUCAAAUCGUUUUGCGUUUCAACAUCCAGAGAGGAGUGGUUGUUAUUCCUAAAAGCUUUAACCCUGAAAGGAUCAAGGAAAACUUUCAAAUCUUUGACUUUUCUCUCACUGAAGAAGAAAUGAAGGACAUUGAGGCCUUGAAUAAAAAUGUUCGCUUUGUGGAGAUGCUCAUGUGGUGUGAUCAUCCUGAGUACCCAUUUCAUGAUGAAUACUGACUUCAGAAUGCUCCUGAAUUGAUUUUUCCCUCCCAUGCAUGCCAGAACCUUGGGUUGGGUGGUUCCUCCUGAUGGAGAAAUUUAAAAAGUUUUACUCUCUUUAGAUAAAGUGAUGACGUUAACAUGCUUAAGUUUUGUGCCACGUAAAUGACUUUGGCUUACGUAUGUGAAGAAAAACAUAUGUUUAAAUCUGUUGAAUAAUUAUUUGGAAAUUAUAAGCUUGGAUCAAGGCCUUCUGGGUCCCAGAUAGAAAAAUAUUAGGCUUUAGAAAAGACUUCAGAGGCAAUGUGUGAAGAUAAAUAACUCUUGAAUGUGAGCACUGCCAUUCGUAGUCUGAGUUCCUUACUUUAAGCAGUAAACUGGGCAACAAAGAGGGUGGUGAAGUAGUGCAUGCCUGUGCUAGCAGUGACCUUGAUGAUUUGGACCAUUGACUGUAACACAGACACAGCCAAGAUAAGAUCCACACUUGCAUUAUUAACAAGGACAUGAUUUCCUGCACCUUGUGUAAUGAGAAAGAGCUAAGCAUAGAAAAGUCUUAAAAUAGAGCUAAUUCAACAAUCACAGUGGUCAUCAAGGACAUAAUGACUUGGUUGUUGUUUGUUUCCAUCCCAUGUGUGUUCAUUUAGCUUUUACCCACUCUAAGGGAUGGUUAAUGGCUGGCUCUCUCUUGCAUGCUUUCAAGGGCCUGAGCAUAAACAUAACUGAUGAUCCAUACUUACACUGCCUAUCACUCUUGCCUUACUCAUCAUACAACCACUAUUAUAUGAAGUAGCUUGAGACAGUCAACAUACACAAAUAAAACUCUGAAUCAUAAAAUAAUCCAAAGAUGACUAUUUUUUAAAGUAGGCUCCAUGGUCAGUGUGGAGCCCAAUACAGGGCUUGAACUCACAACUCAAAGGUCAAGACCUGA